CGAAUACACAAGGAAUACAUAACCUUACAUAUCCAUUUCUAUUUCUUUGUGUAUCUAUUAAAAAAAAUGAAAAGAUCGUUCGAAAAUGUAUUUGGAUAAAUCGUUAAGUUUCGUACGUGUCGGUAAAAAUCAUUCAAUGACAAAAGAAUUUAACGAUAUAUACCGAUCUUUCGACGUUUUGCCGAUCUUUACGAUCUUUAGUCGUCUAAUAACGCAAAAGAGAGAAAGUGAAGGGGAAGUCGAUUCUUGACUUUAGAUGCUAAUACGACGUAGAUUUUAUCUUUAUCUAUACAAACCAGAACACGUAUCGUUUAACUAUGAUUUUAUAAUAUCAAUGAAAUUGUUGGAAUGAAAUUAUACCCUAGGAAAUAAAAGAAAAGAAAGGUUCGAAUCGAAAUCGAUUAGAAAAUUUUUAUCUUUCUAUGUAUGCACGUACGUAUGUAUAAUACUAGUUUAAAUGCACGAACAUAGAUCUAGAAUGAAAAAGAAAAAGAACAAACAAAAAGUAAAGUAGGACGAUCGAUCAUUAUAGUAUAAAGACAAGAGUGUAAAUUUGUGAACGAAAUAGAAUGACGAAAAUAUAAUUUGAGAACGAUCGACUUACAACAAUCUUAACUUUUAUCUUUUCUUUUUUUUUCUCAUCAAUACAGAUUUCUUUAGAAUCAUAAAAAUUCCUAAGAGUUUUAUGACUCAUCUUAACACAUAUAUUUGUAUGUACAUAUAUAUAUGUACGUUUGUGUACCCACGUAUACAUACAUACAUAUGCAGAUUUGAAAAGCCACAAACGUGUAGGAAGCGCGAAACCUAUUAUUUCAAGAUAAUUAUCGACUUAGUAAGCUUUGUAAAACUGUUACUUGGAAGACGUUAUUUUCUUAAAAUUACUCUUAUCUCCGUUGAAAUUUUUUUCAUUGGAAUAUUUUAGGUUAGGUUUGAAAAGUAAUUAUAAUGUGAAAUGAAAGGAAAGUCGGGUCAUUAUUAUUAUCGUUAUCAUUAUUAUCGUUAUCAAUGGGUGAAUCUUAUAGGUUAAGCCCUUAAACGUUAACGAGUUCUCGAGACGUUGAUAUUUCCCAAAUGACGUCUCUUCUGUUCCGUUAUAAUGAACGCGUAUACACAUAUAUAGUGGUAUAGUGACGCAUGAAUUCCGACGAAUUAACGUUAAAAGGUCUGUGGGAGAUGAUGAUGAUUAUCAUUUUGACUCCCGCGUAGUCCGAUAACACGUGCUAACUUUGUAUAUUUUCCAAAGUUUUAAGUUAGAAUUGAAAUUUUCUUUUAGUUCCUCUUCUUCAAUUUUUUUUCAAAAUAAACAUGACUUCUCUUCCUAACCACACAUGUACGUUCGUUCGCCACGCAAACAUACGCAAGUUGUUAUAUCGACGAAAUUUCUUAUAAAAGAUUUUAUAUAAUUUCUUUCUUUUUUUCUUUUUAUUUUUUCUAAUUAUAUUUGUUGAAUAAAAAACAACAUGUACAUACAUACGUACAUACAUACAUACAUACAUACAUAGAUACUGAUGGGAUUUUUUUUUUUUUUUCAAAUUAUAUUUGCUAUAGUUUGAUUUAGAAAAUUCUAACGAAAGAACAAAAAAAAAAAGAAAAACGAGAAAAGAAGAAAAAUAAAAUAAAAUGAAAACAAUCGCGACCGCAAUUGUAUAUUACAUCAUUCUUAUUGAUUAGGAUACUUAUAAAAAGUUUUAUCUAUGAAGAAAAGUAGAUUUCUUAUCUCGAUAUGUUAGCGGUUGUGGAAUCGAGAUUAGUCACGAGAACCUUUUGACAGUGCUGCUAUUUUCAACUUGGCUGAAACACGGGGGUGCGCUUGAUAUGUAUACACAUAUACAUACGCAUACAUAUAUCGAUCAUGAACAAGACAGAAUUGAACAUAGUUCUUAGCACGGAACCUCCGAGGACGACAACAGCAGCAACGAACGUGAUUCAUUCUCACAUUCCUGUACCGAGGAUAACGAACGCCCAAGCAAAACCACAAGAACAACGAUGUUCUCCAAUAAGAAGAGGUUCUUUCGAAAAACUUGGUAGAACAACCUCAGUGGCCGCUCAAAAAGCUAAUUUUGAAAAACUCGAUGCUUCGGUACAGCUAAGAUCAAAGCAUAGCAAUCUGUCGACAUCCAGUAUAGAAAUGCGAAAUGUCGAAGAGAAAUCUAAUCCAGUUAAUCCGUUUAAAAAAAAUGAUUAUACAUUUCCGAAAUUAAAUGGCAAUGGUAACAGUAACACCAACAAUUGUUUCCUCGAGAACAAAUGGAAAAGUAAAUACGAGGAAUCCGAAAAGAGAAGAAAAUUGUUAUUACAAAAAAGCGAAACUGCACACAAGGAACACACAGAUUUGGAAAAAAAGUAUCAACAAGUGCAAAGGCAAAAUGGUACUUUGCAAUCGCAGGUUCAGGAAAAAGAAGAAAAGUUAAAUAAAUUACGGACAGUGUCCGAAGCAGUAUGUAAGGAAUAUGAGCAAUUAAAACGUCAGUAUGACGUUGAAACUGGUGCAAUGCAUAAAGCUAUGCAGCAGGCAUCAGAAUGGUAUAAACAAAAUCGAGAGUUGAAACGAAAAUCUCAGAUUAUAGCGCAAAAAUAUUUGCAAAUUCAUCCAGGAGGAUCGGUUGAUCUCGACAUAACCGACGAAGUCGAUUCUAAUUUCGAGGAUUUAGAUCAACUUCGAGAAACGGUCAGAGAACUAAGCCAAGAAAUAGCUAAACUCCAGACCGAUUUAAAUUCAGCACGAUUGCAAGAAUUCGAAGCGCAAGAACAAAUAACACUCUUGACAACUCAGUUGGAAGAGGAAAGAACACUCAGACAAAAAGCCGACGACAAGAUAAACGAGAUGAAAAUGCAAAAGGAAAAUAUGGAGAGAGUGACAAAGAUGGUAGCAAAAGAGGUUCAAGCAUUAAAGACUCAAUGCGAUCGUGAGAGAGAAACAGCUAAAAUAAUGAAGUUGGAAGCUGAUAAAGCACAGAAAGAACGUAACGUUUUGGCUCAUCAAAGUGCUCUCUUAAUGGCCGAAGUUGGCGAUGAUCCAAACGGAAGGUUGUUAACUGUCCUUCAAGAAGUAGAGUCCUUGAAAAGACUAUUGGAGGAGGAACAACAGAAUCAUGCAUCACAGAUACAGAUGCUUCAAGAAAAGUUAGAGGAGAAGGAAUCCAAUGUAGAGUUUGAGAUAGUUGAAGAAAAAUUGAAACUUGCUGAAUCCGAGUUGGAUGUCAUGCAACAAAGAGCUGAAAGAGCUGAGAGAUCGGUAGACAAUUUGGAAGAUGUUAUUAGAACUAUGAAAGAGAAAAUAAUUGAAUUGGAAGAGAAAAUUGCUAGACCUACACCGUCUUUGUUACCACCACCUCCACCCCCACCCCCACCACCACCACCAUUACCUUCCUUAUCCAAGUCAACUGGAAAUGCAACAAUGAAGUUGUUAACAAAAGAAAAAUUGCAUUCCGAGUCUAAUGCAGUUAGCGAUAUGGAGUGUAUGCUUGGAAUUCCCAAGAAAACUUCAGCUGUCACACAACAGCCUGUCAUCGAUGAUAUUAUUAAUCAAAUAAAAGGCGGACGAUUCACAUUGAAGCAAACGGAUAAACAAAGAGAGGAGGAAAGAAAAAGACGACAAGAGGCAGAAACUGCACCACCAGCUGUAUCAGAAAUGCUCAAUAUAUUGGGAACAAUGAGAAGAAGAGCUAAACCGACAAGACAAUUUCUUCAAGUGACUGACACAAAGACGUAAUUAAAGAAGGGGGAAAAAAACGAAAAGAAAAAAAAUAUUUAAUAAGUUAAGUGAAGAAUGUUUGUUUUUUAAAUUAUAAAGAAUAUCUCUCUAAGGAGGGCUGUAUUAUUUAUAUUAUUAUAAAAAAUCUGUAUUUUUCCUUUUUUUUUAUACUGUUGUUAGAUGCAUCUUAAGUAAGAAGUCAACGUUUAUAAAAAUGCAAUAAAUAAAGAAUAGGAUGAGAAGAUA